AUGAAGUUCUCCAUCCUCGCUCUCACUACUCUCCUGGCUGCGGUGUCUGCUGGCAAAGUCAUCCAACUAGACUUUGUUCGAACCACCAGCUCCAGCCCCAUCCGACAGAAGAAGAUCACUCUGCCCAAGGGUCUCAAGGUCGACCUGGCCAUUCCUGUGGAAAAUGAUCUUGUUCUGUAUUCUGCAAAGGUCCAGGUGGGUUCUCCUGAACAGGAGUUUGUGGUGCAGGUAGAUACCGGUUCUUCUGAUCUGUGGCUCUACGACUCGUCUGAUCUGUGCAUUGGCGGAGGCUGUAAGCAGUAUGGACUGUUCAACACCAACGCCUCUUCUACUUUCAAAGAUAUUCUCCCAGGAAAGUUUGGCAUCAGCUAUGGCGACGGCUCUUACGCCAAGGGCGACUGGGCAGAAGACACCGUCACUAUCCAGGGAGUCAAGAUCCCCAAGCAGCAAUUUGGCCUAGCCAAGAAUACCACUGCCACUCCUGCCAUUCUGGGAAUCGGACUGACCGGUCUGGAGGCUGCGGAAAAGGAGUACAACAACGUGCCCAAGAGUCUGUAUCUCAAUGGAGACAUCGGCUCGUACACUUAUUCUCUCUAUCUGGACGAUCUUGAGGCCACCCAGGGCAGUAUUCUGUUUGGUGGUAUCGACAAGAGUCACUUUUCCGGUCCUCUCAAGACUGUCCCUCUGAUUUCCUCCUACGCCUUCUGGGUGACUCUGUCAAGGCUGGAUAUCAAGAGCGAAACCAGAAACAAGACCGUCAACGCGCUAGACGUGCCCGGUCAGGUACUUCUCGACAGUGGAACUACUCUCACAUACCUGCCUACCAUCUCCUACGAGACCAUUCUACAGGACUGGGGGAUUGACAUUGACCCCGACUACGGAGCCAUUGUUCCGGAAUACAAGCUGCAGAAGCUACAGGACGAGUAUCUCGAGUACAAUUUGCAGGGAGCAAAGAUCAAGGUCUCGGCUGCUCAACUGUUCGCCCCGGCAUACACUGGAGAUGACCUCAACACGGUAGCUAUUUACCCCAACGGCCAGAAGGCUUAUGGAUUCCUUGUUGCUCCUAACGGUAACUCCACCGAAGGCCUCAUUCUGGGCGACUCUUUCCUGCGAUCUGCCUACGUGGUUUACGACCUGCCCAACCUUCAAAUCUCUCUUGCUCAAGCCGAUUACUCCGGCGGAGCUCCUCAAAUCGAGCCCAUUGACCCGGGUCUCAACGCCGUGCCUGGUGCUACUCCCGUGAGAGACUGGGGGGCCGUCUACAGCAAUGUUCCCAUAUCCACCUCCGUCAACUACACCCCCACCACCUAUACUCUUUCUCCCCGGCCAUACAACGGUUCUUCUACCGACUGA